UACUUCAUUGUCAAAUUAGUGUAAUCUUCCGGCAUAAAAUUCAGCUGUGGUGGCAAACUUCCGGUGUUUGCUGGCGGUCAAUAUGCUGCGAUAGUUUGUUAAUUAUAAUAACACCAGUCAAUUGGUGCCACAGAUCUUUCCGUAAUCAGCAACACAAUAGUUGCAAUUUUUUCCUGACUCACUGUAAAAAUGGCUCCCAGACAUUGCAUUACGCUCAUUUGUGUGUUUAUGCACUGUUUAAUAUGUCCCCCUCGAAAAGUUAAAAAGUGGUCAAUAACAAGACGACAAAGUUUUUACAGAUGUAAGAACAUAGCCCUGUCUUUGGAACCGUAGUUGCAGAAUGUACAAAGACAGAUAAAAAUAGAUUAUGCGUUGAAAAUAUCGUUAAAGCGAAGAACAUUGUGCCUAAUUUUGAUAUGCUAGGUGUUAAAUCCAAAAUCAGAAACAUUAGGAAUGUCAGCACUUGGAAGCUCGCAAAAUCAAGGUAUGAGUACCCGUUUCCUUGAAUUACUAUUGAAGACAUCAGAAAAGGCUGCCAACAUUGCUAGAGUAAUUCGGCAGGAUGAACAUCUGUUUAGGUUGUUGGUCCAAGAGAAGAAAGGGCCAGAGAAGAAUCCAAGAUUUGUGCAAGACUUCAAAACACUGGCAGAUGUUCUGAUACAGGAAACAGUGAAGCAUGAUGUAGGGCUUCAGUUUCCUGCCAUUGCGGAUCACAUCUUUGGGGAGGAGAGUAACACAUUCAGCAAUACUCUUGGAGACACCAUCACAGUUGAGGUGCAGGCAGAUCAGACAGCUACAGCCACCCUCCUCAGCACGGUUUGUAGAAGUGUUCUGAGUGGUGAUACUCAGGCAUCUGAAAUGCUGGCUGCGGAAGUCCACAGAGAUAUUGGUGUGGACGAAGUUAACACAGACACAAAUCUGCCGCUGUUGGACCUGCCACUGGAACAGUGUGGCAUGUGGAUUGACCCUAUUGACUCAACUUCAGAGUACAUCAGUGGUGAAGAUUUGAAGUUAUCAGUGGGUGACAUGUACCAGAGUGGAUUACGCUGUGUGACAGUCCUGAUUGGUGUGUUUGACAGGGUCACAGGUCAACCAAUCCUAGGAAUUGUUAAUCAACCCUUCCACGCACAGUAUGGAUCCAGGUGGCAGGGAAAGUGCCAGUGGGGUUUCAAAUUUGGGGACUAUUCCAAGUAUUCUGCAUCGUUACCAAGUGAUAUAAAACCUGGAAAAUCAAAGAUUGUAGUACUGAGUGGCAGUGAGAGCUCGAACCUCAAGUCUCGGCUGCAUUCAGCCGGCUACACAGUAUCCGAGGUGACAGGCGCUGGCUACAAGCAGCUGUGUGUUGCUCGUGGAGAUGCUGACAUAUAUGUUCUUUCAAAAGGUUCAACAUUUAGGUGGGACACAUGUGGACCUCACGCAAUUCUCCAGGCUCUUGGUGGAGGAAUUGUGAGCUACAAGAAAGUGCUAGAAGUAGAUGGAAACCUGGAGGAGUCGGAACUGAACUACAGUGAAAAUCACACAGCAGAAAGCCUGAGUCCUGGAUCUUUGCACUGUAAUCAUGAUGGCCUUAUUGCAUUCAGGGAUGGCAGCCUUCUGUGCGAGUUGAUCCAGGUUCUGAGACAGAUGCAAGCCAGGAAGAAUUAGGAACAGACAAGAUGUAAGUUUGCGCAGGCCACGAUGUUCUUCUUUCCUAAAUGAUAUUUCAAGGACCAGGAAUCGAAUACGAUUGUUUUUACUUGCAUGUGUAGAGCAUAGAUCAGUAGUGUAUAAUAUCUUAAAUCUGUAUAAUGAAUUAAAAUUCAUUUCAGGUCUAGAAUUCUGUGACGUUACUAUCGUAACUGCUAUCGGGUCACAGAGGAAGAGGAUGCUGAUAUGUCCUCGGUCUGACGUACUGAAUCUUGUAUUUCUUAUAGAAUAUUAUUGACUGUUAAUAAUAAUUUUUUUUUAUCGUCUAUGGUCAGCUUGACCGUCAUGACCCCUUUUCGGGGUCUUCUCGCGAAAGUACCAUGGCGGUUUCGCCUUGCCUUCCGUGGCCAGUCUUUACCCACCAGACUGGAAGAGGAGGCCAUGCCUUGAGUUGGACUCGAACCCACGGUCGCAGCGGCCAGGCGCAAGAGGACCAUGCCUCAGACCGCGUGGCCACUGCACCGGCAAUAUUAAAUUGUAUUUAAUCCUUAGAGAUUGUUUGUUGAAAUGUACAGAAUCUCCAUUCCUUAUUACAAUAUUGUCAAAGUUACUACAGUAUUGCUGAUAAUGUAAAGACAUGUGAUUCUCUCUAAGUCAUUAUAUUAUUGUAUUCAGCAGAGUCUGCCAGUUGUGUGAACACAGGAAACCAUUUGUUGUUGACAAAAGAGAUAAUUUAAUCUUGGUGAGAUAUCAGGUUCUCACUGUAUGAAGAUAACUGUUGUUAUUGUUGUUACUAUUAUUUUUAUUUCUAUUGUUACUGGUACUGUGAUUGUUGUUAUCCAUAUUAAUUUCAGUUCAGACAUCCCCAAACUGGUCUCAAAGUUGGGUCCUUUUUGGAAUGCAUCAUGAGUAAGAUUGUUGAUACUGAUAUUAUUUGCAAGAAGAAAGUCCGCUGUAAGAUGACCAUUCAGAGUUUAAGACUCUGUGGAGUUUAUACUCUACACUAUGGUUACAUUUUAAAUUUAGCUUUAACUUGAUGCGCUUUUAAAACUUGUUGUCUUCUUUACAUUCAUUUGGUUAGUAGAGUGUGUAGAAUGUGUUCCUGUUUUUAUAAGUUCACUUUCAUGUCUUAGAAAUCACGAUUGUUCGUAGUCGUAUGUUAAAUCAAAUAGGAACCUUGUAGUUUUUUCUAUGUUAAAUGUCCACAUCUUUAAUAUUUCUUAUGAGCAGAUUGCCCAUCAAGAAUGACAGAAAUAUCUAAUGUAAACUUACAUGUUCAUAAAUAUUAUCCAUAACCAUUGUUUAGAUAAUAUGAAAGUAGUCUACAGCCAGAGUAAUCUGACAAUAACGGACCCCAGUAAUUUAUAAAUAAAUUGAAGUUGAAUGAAUUGGUUCUAUGGUUGGUAUUGUUCUUUUGUAUUAUUGAAGUAAAUGUAAUGUAUAUUAUUGCUCAAAGCAGUAUUAACUAUCUGUAUUUUGUACUGAUUUCAUUGUAUUGAUGACAUGAACUUGAAUGUUCAGUGUUGAAUAACUUUGAUUAUUGACUCAGAUGCAAACAUAUUUCUUGCUGUGUCUGUCAGAACACAUCUGUUCUUAUGUCUUUUGUGGUUGAAGGACAUUCAAAUCUAGAAGUGUCAUGAGAGAAAAUUAAUUCAGAAUGACAGAACAUUCUGGCAGUGUCCAUGUCAUUUGUAUACAAAAGAUGUAUAAAUAUAUUUAUAAAAUAUGAAAUGAUA